AUGAGCCCUGGGAGAAGUCGAAGCAGGGUUGCUGUCCCGGUGUGCAGUCCCUCCAGGGAGCCCUGCUUCCUGCUCCUUAUGCUCCUUCUCGCUCCGAUCCUGAGUGAGUGUAAGACGGUCAGAUAUUCCACGUACGAGGAGCAAGAGGCCGGCUCGGUGAUCGGGAACCUGGCCGCCGAUCUGCAGCUGGAGGCGGCCGGCGGGGGUCAGAGCGGCUUCCGCCUGAUGCCCGAGUGUAACGGCUCGGUACCGGUCACGGUCAGGGUCACGGUGAGGGAGAGGGACGGCGAGCUGACGGUGGCGAGCCGCAUUGACCGGGAGCAGCUUUGCGGUCAGCAGGAACCGUGCCUGCUGCUCCUGGAUGUGGUCAGCUUCUCCAGGGACAGGUUCCUGCUGAUCCACGUGGAGAUCCAAGUGCUGGACAUUAAUGACCAUUGGCCCGAGUUCCCCCAGGCCGAGAUCGAGCUGGAAAUCUCCGAGAGCUCGGCCCCGGGCACACGGCUCCCUCUGCCCGCCGCUCUGGACGCCGACACCGGCUCGCACUCGGUGCGGGGCUACGAGCUCUCGGUGAACGGUCACCUGGAGCUGGAGCUGCCGCCCGGGGACGGGCCCGGGGCCGGGGCCGGGGACCAGCCGCUCCCGCUGCUGCUCCUGGUGAAGCCCCUGGACCGGGAGAGUCAGGCCGAGCUGAAGCUGCUGCUCCGAGCCCGGGACGGGGGCGACCCGCCUCGGAGCGGGGACGCGCGGCUCACCGUGCGCGUCCUCGACGACAACGAUAACGCUCCGGCCUUCGAGAGCGGCUCCUUGGAGCUGGAGCUGCCGGAGGACACGGCCCCGGGCUCGGUGCUGCUGCAACUCGAGGCCCGGGACCCGGACCAAGGCGUGAACGGCGAGCUCCGGUACACCUUCAGCCCGAGGCUCGAGGCCGCCGCUCGCCGCCUCUUCCGCCUGGAGCCGCGCUCCGGCCGCCUCAGCCUGCACGCGCCGCUCGACCACGAGGCGCGCGACCGCUUCGAGCUGGAGGUGGAGGCGCGCGACAUGGGCGCCAGGCCGCGCGCCUCGAGCUGCCGGGUGACGGUGCGCGUGCUGGACGUCAACGACAACGCGCCGGAGAUCCGCGUGAGCGCGCUGUGGCCCGGGCCCGGGGGCGCGCAGGCGGCGGCGGCGGCGGCCUCGGGCCUCGCGUCCAUCACCGAGGCGGCGGAGCCGGGCAGCUUCGUGGCGCUGGUGAGUGUGUGGGACCGGGACUCCGGAGCUAACGGCCGCCUCUCGGUGUCACUGCUCGGGCCCCGGCAGCUCGAGCUGAGGCCGGCCUACGGCAGCAACCACCACAUGAUCGUCACGGCGGAGCGGCUCGACCGGGAGCGGCACAGCGACUAUAACGUGACGCUGGUGGCCGAGGACCAGGGCCCGGAGCCCCGCCGCACCGUGCGGCCCUUCACCGUCACCGUCACCGAUGUGAACGACAACGCGCCCGCCUUCCCCCGCUCCGUCUACCGCCUGUCGCUGGCGGAGAACAACCCGCCCGGGGCCCAGCUCGGUACCGUCCGGGCCCGUGACCCUGACCUGGGCGUUAACGGCCGCCUGACCUACCGCCUGCUGCAGCAGCGGGAGCCGGGGCCUGGGCCUGGGCCUGGGCGGGAGCCGGGGCCUGGCCUGCAGCCUCCUGCCGUCGCUGUGGAGCCUCACAGCGGCUCCUUGUUCGCGCUCCGGCCCUUGGACCGUGAGGAGCUGCCCGAGCUCGAGCUGCUGCUGCAGGCGACAGACGGCGGUUCCCCGCCGCUCAGCGGCUCCACCACCGUCCGCCUGGUCAUCACCGACCGGAACGACAACGCGCCGCUCAUCACUCACCCCCCGCCCCCGCUCCCGGGCCCGGCUCCGGCUCCUCCCGGGAACCGCUCCGCCGCCGCCUCCAAGAUGGCGCUGCCCGGGGGCGCGCCCCGCGGUUACCUGGCGGCGCGCGUGCGGGCCCAGGACCCGGACGAGGGGCCGAACGGCCGCCUCAGUUACCGGAUCGUGAGCGGGGAUCCGCCCGGGCUGUUCACCAUCCGCUCGGACACCGGGGAGGUGUACCUGGGCCGCCCGCUGCCGCCCUCCGCGUCCCCCGGGGCCGGGCCCGGGGCCCUCCGCCUGGUCGUGGCGGUCAGUGACGGCGGCCUGCCCUCCCUGUCCUCCACCGUCACCCUGAGCUUCACGGUGGGGCCCGAGCCUCCCCCGGCAGCUCCGGCCGCCUCCCCGGGCCCGGGACAGCGGAGCUGGGACACCUCCUUCACCGUGAUCGCGGUGCUGGCCGCCGGCUGCGUGGCCUUGCUGCUGGCCAUCGUCGGGAUCGCCUCGAGCUGCGGCACCGGCGGCAAGCCCGGCCGGGAGGGAGACGUCUUGGAGCCGCGGGCGGACGCUGCCCGUUCCCCGGCCCCGGCCCCGGGCGAAUUGGAAGCGGAUGGAGCUUCGGAAGAGGCGGCGAAGGGCGUGUGUCUCCUGGAAACACAGCGUCAACUCACUGCCAACACUCAGGAGAGCUUUAUGCCAGAGCCUGGCGUCAAUCAUGGAGCCUUUUGUACAGUUGCCUUUCAUCAAGAUAUCAAGACCAUCGCGUAUCCUGGACAAGAUGUAUUCAGUGGAAAAGACAGUGGGAAAGGAGAUAGUGACUUCAAUGAUAGUGAUUCUGACUUGAGUGGUGAUGGAUCAAGAAAAGGACAUACAAUAAUAGAUCAAAAGCAAAAUGAUGUGUUCCCCUGUCAUAAAAGCCAAACGCCUUGCAGUUCUAACCCAUAUUACAACUUGACCUCUCAAACAACAGAAUGUGGAAAAUUCACUUCACACUCAAAACCGAGCCAAAUGGUUGCUUAUUCUUCAAUGUCUACAACAUUACUGCAUUCAUCUAGUGGUGAAGUCACUUCAGUUUUGCAGGAUCAGUCCUUAAAGUCUCCUCGGCAGUAUGGCCACGUAACCAGGUUGGAAUCUCAAACUUCUGAAAGUGUUUUGUCCAGAGAAUCUGGAAGGACAGGAUCCUCAUUUCACCCACCUGUGAUACAGAGACCCAUUAAAGCAACUUCAUUGGCAUAUAACGCUUCUGGACAUAGAUACCAAACCAGCUAUCUUAACACUGCCCACUCUGAAGUGGCUACGUCGUUUUGAACUCCCAAACCAACAGUGGUGUCAUUUGUUCAAUUACAUUGGCAAUAAUUGCCAUUAAUGUGCAAUAUAUUCACUUCUAGGAGAAAGUGAGGACUGCAGAUGCUGGGGAUCAGAGCUUAAAAAAAGCAUAAGCCCUUACACCCUCCUCAUUCCUGAAGAAGGGCUUAUGCCUGAAACGUCGAUUCUCCUUCUCCUUUGAUGCUGCCUAACCUGCUGCGCUUUUCCAGCAACACAUUUUUAAAAUAUAUUCACUUCUUCCUGAGCCUACUUUUUAACAUCUUUGGAUAAGAAGCUAUGACCUUGUAUAAGCUGUAAUGGAAUGUUUACAAUUAGUUUUUAAUUUUGUUUUGGAACUUAGUUCCAUUUUAAAAUGUUCUGUGAACUCAUAAAUAUUAUCUUAUUCAAACUAGUGACUAAGUGAAGAAAAGUUGAUUUAUCAACAUGACAUGAUUUUCAACUUUUAAAUAUCUACUGUAGCUAAAAAUGAAACCUAAUCUUCUGUGUUUUUUGAAAAUAUGGGACGAUUAGGUUACCUCUUUCAAUUAAGUUGGAAACACUUUUUUUAAUAAUUCUAUUGGAAUAUGCAAUUCAGUUACAGUGUACUUUAUAGUUGGAUAAUUUCUUUCAUAUGGAGUUAGACUAGAUUUUAGCAGUAGGAUGGGUUGCUAAAAUAGCAAGUACAUUGUUUCCACAAUUUGCUAUGUUUAAAGCAGAAAGUAGCAGCUUUAUACUAUUAUAACAAUAUAUUGAAACACAAAUACAUAAAAUAUUUUGAGAAAAGUCAAGUUACUGUUCAGUGAUAAUUUUUGUCCAAAAACUGGUAGCAGGGAACAGAUCAACUCAUUUUCCUUUUGCAUCUUUCAGUGAAGCAUUGAAGAGAAAGUGGGUGAAGUCUAGAAAAUGUCAUUAUUUUCUUCUCAGCAGCCGAUCAAAGGGAACAAAACGUGAAAAACUAAUCUAAAGCAAACUGGGCAAAGGAUGUGCUGAAGAUUUGUAAAAGAAAAAUCAUUGAAUACCCACAAAACACUACUUCAUGCCAGACUAAUCGCAAUUAUUACAUUGCUAACGUGUCAAAUAGUAGCAGGAUGAGCCCAUUUGAUCACCAGGCUUGAUCUGUUUCCAACCCUGUGAGAAGAAAUUUCUCCUCAUCUGUCCUAAACAUCUGUCUGAGCCCUUUUGUUCUCAGACUAAAACCUAGUUCUAAAUUUCAUUAUUGUGAUAAACACCCUCCUAGCACCCACUUUAUUCAUGAUCUUUAAGAAUUUUUGCUUCACUUGGAUUCACCUGUCAUUCUUGCAAAUUCUGAGGGGAAAGAGGCCUUUCUAUGCAAUUUUUUUUUCUUGAGUGCCAUUAUGGUCAAUUUACUAAUUGCUAACUUUUCAGCUUCAUCUUGUGAACUUCUUUUGAGAGAAAAUAGUAAUUUUCAGUAUUUUUCUAUAAAAUUGUCCUUGUUUUCUACAACAUUUCUAAGCAAUACCUUUUUACUCUAAAUGUAUAAUUUAAUGAUGCUCUUUCCUUAAAGUCAUGAGUAUUGACCAAUUGUAUUUUGAGACCGCACAGGUUUAAGAUGCUUCUAGAUGGUUCUACAGGGCGAUUAGAACUCUAGCAGCCUCCUGCUGCUGCUGUUCCCGUUUUACAAUUUUCAUCUGGUACCCAAAGCUGAUAAAUCUGUACUGCUUCACAAAUCCAUAAAAACAUGUCCACUUUGAACAAAGCAAAUGUAGUACAGUAAACAUUUUAUUGCUCUGGUGUCUAUUAGUUAUCAAAUAUUCAGGAUAAUCGAGUAAUGUGUUCCCGCAGUGAGCCCUGACCAAGCAAAGCUUCAAGAUAUCAACAUGCCUCAAACAAAACUAUGAAAAAUCACAUAAAUAAUAGAAACACAAUGCGGGGAUAUAUAUUUUACAGUUAUACUUUAAUUAUGGUGUAAAUACUCAGAGUGCGGUAUUUGAGGUCAGAGUCUCAUAGCGUGGAGACAGAUGCUUCGGUCCAAACACUCUGGGCCGAAUAUAAUUCCAAACUAAAUUUAUCCUACCUGUUUGUUUCUGGCCUGUAGCCCUCCAAACCGUUCCUAUUUAUAUGGUUAUCCAAAUGUUCUUUAACCUUCUGUUUAAAAAAAAUUUGCCCCUCAUGUUUUUUAUAAAUGUCUCCUCUCGCCUUUAAACGUACCCCCUAGUCUUGAAAUCCCCCUUCCUAGGGAAAAGACACCUGACCAUCAACUGAUAUGUUAGUUUUACUUUUUUAUCAAAUGUCAAUUGAUAAGGCGCUUGUUAAAACAAAGUUUGAUGUAAUUAUGUUCCUUAAGUGCAGCCAAAGGUAAUCAUUUGCCUCUGGCUGCAAUUUUAACAUCACAACAACUUGUGUUUUUGUAAUGCUAUUAAUGCAGUAAAACAUUUCCAAGGUGCUUCGCAGGCAUUAUCCAACAAAAGUUGAGAUCAAGCGAAAAAAGGAGCUACGAGGGCAGUUGAGCUCUUUGGGUUAAACUUCAAGGAGCAUCUUGACAGAGUUGGGCAAACAAAUUUAGAGAGAGCAAUAUAGAUUUUGGAGCGUAUUUUAUUUUAUUAAACAAAUUACAAAAACAGUUUACAACAAACAGUUACAUUUACAGCUGCAUACAAGAGACAGCAAUUUAGAUCUUGGAGCAUAGUCAACAGCAAGCCAGAUUGCUAUUGGAGGAUCGAAAGAAUUAGAUGAUCAGCAAGGAACCAAAAUUCUCAGAAGAUUGAGGAGCUGUGAUUGGGUCAGGUCAUGGUAGAAUGUGAAACCAAUUAAGAAGUUUAACUUUGAGAUUUUAACAAUUUGUUAAUGGGAUGUGGGCUUCCCUGUCUAGGUCGGCAUUUAUUACCCAAACCUACUUGUCCAGAUGUUUGUUAAGAGACAAUCACUUUUCUGUGAGUCUGAAGUUGCAUGUAGGCCAGACCGAGUGAGGCUGGUAGAUUUCAUUCCGUAAAGGCCAUUAUUGAACUAGAUGGGUCCUUAUGACAAUUGAUUUAUGGUCAUCGUUAGGCUGACUUUCUAUUCUAGAUUUUGUUCAAAUUUCAAUGUCUGCUAUAGAAAGAUUCAAUCCCACAUCCUAGAGCAUGAGCCCGGGGUUCUGGAUUGCUAGUUCAGUGGCACUGCUAUUACAUCACAACUUCCCCAAAGUUACCAGACCUGGAAUUGCUGCAGGUCACUGAUGAAUGAACAGGCCUUGGUGCACUUUAGGAUACAAGGAAAAGAGAUUAGCUUAUGCAAACAGAGUUUGCAAGUUGGAAGGCUGGCCAGGAGACAUGACAAGACCUAGUGUCUCAUUUAACAAAAAAUGUCUGUUUCUAUUCGCAUGAGAAUGGAAUUAGAUUCUGUAGGGAUAUAACAUGUGACCCAUACUACCUCAUUACAUUCUUCAUAAUAUUCCUUUUUAGUGUGGAAUGAUUAUGCUUGUAAAGGACAAUGAGGCAAUGCCAAUAUAUUUCAAAACAAAAAUGAUUUAACCCGGCAAUGGUACAUACACUGCACACCACACUUUCCCAAAGUUCAUAAUGCAGUAAGUCUACUUCUAACAAUUCUGUCUUUUUUUUGCCGAGCUUUUGAUCAAUUAUUUUGUUUUAAGCUUUUGAAAUGGAAUAUCUUCCACCUAAUUAUUAGUGUGUAUUCCUGGAUCAAUGAUGGCAAUGGUCUGAUGUUUUACUCUGAACAGCAUGCUUGCACUCCAAUUUCAUCUGUGUAACUUUUAGAAUUACACGUAACUCAAUCUUUUCUCAGUAAGAUUGUCAAUUUGAAUGAAAAUACAGACAUUUUCUAUCUUGGCCCUAACCCUCUAGGAACCAGCUGGAGAUAGUUUUUUAAUUGUUUCAUCUUACAUUUUACAAGGAUCCCAUAUCUCUUCACAGCCAAAUAAUUACUUACGAAGAGAAAUCUAUAGAUAAACAGGAGCCACAAGUUUUUACACAUUGUGGUAGAAACAAAUAACAUAAAUUAACAUAUAACCUAAUUUGCUGGUUGAAAGAUAAAUGUUGGCAAGGAUAACAUUUGAAUGAUAGCAUGGAAUUUUUUUAUACUUGCCUAAAUAAACAGUUAAUUUUGCAUGUCAUCCAAAAGUUGAUGCAUCUGAUGAUACUGUACUGCUCAACUUCUUAAGUAAAACUUGAACCAAUGAUUUGGAGGUUUUAAAAAAAAACACUUUUGGUUCUACUAGUUCAAAUUUCUGUGCAUUUUUAACUAAUAAAGAUAAAUGAAAAAUG